AUGAUCUCUUUGGUGAGGAGUGUCUUCUUGAGGUCUUCAUGCUCGAUUAGGGUGAUUAAGCUUUCUAUUGUCUUGUUGAACUCCUCUCUUAAGCUCUUGGUUCCUGACCUUGUUCUUGGAGCUUGCCUCAUGGUUGGUAUGUUGAUUGUUUGUGCUACUGGUUCGCCUACUUCGAUUGUGAGCUAUAAUCAUUUGGGAAACAACGACGGCAUGAACUUCUCAGCGCCACAGACUUUUCGCUCUAAGGAAAUUUCGAAGAGUAAUGUCGUUGACGACAUGGUGGCUAGUAAUGCCAUCCUCUUUGAGCCCCGUGAACAUCCCGUCCAUGUUGUUGUCAUCAAGUAUGUUCCUUAUGUUGGGGAUAGUAAAAGAGCUAUGGACGAGUACACUUCGGAAAUAUUUAUGGGAGGGAAAAACACAAUAGCACCACUUGUACCGCCUGGAACACCGGUGGUGAAUGCUCUGUCGAAGCAGCGGGUGAUGCUGGAGAACAUUCUCAGGGCCUGUGUUGGGCUUGCACCGGAGAAUAACAUGAUCAUGGAGUACAAGUGA